ACCAACGAUGAUAUCAUCACCACGGGUCUCCGCGUCCAGCAGAAUGAAGCCGGUGCAUACCAUCGCAGUCGACGGCGCCGUCUGCAGCGGCUGGCUGCCGUCACCACCGCCCAAGUCGACUACUCGUCCCGCGAACAAAGCAGUAGCCAAGACGAAUACGAGGAGAGUGAGAGUGAGUCGGACCGUGUCCUCAGCAGCUCGAACGAGGACAUGGUCCGUCAAGCUUUACCCACCCCGUUCGUCCCGGGACCUGGCCCCUCUUCAACCGCUUCCGAUGAUGCCAGUGAUGAGGAUGAGGAUGAUGAUGAUGACAACUCAACGGCGUUGGGAAUGCGCAUGGGCUCAGCUCCCUUUGUUCCUCAGCCCAACGUCUUCUCGCACCCACCUGCAUCCCAAAACACCUCUUGGAGGCCUAGCGGAGGACACCGUUCACAGCCGAGUGAGGUGUCCAACUCCAGCCGUCGCACAGCGAUCCGCAGAAACUCUCAAGCAAGUAUACGCUCCGCACGGAGAUCCUCCCAGCAACAUAGUCCAUUCAAUAUGAUCUCACCGUCCCACCAUGCGGAUCACGAUGCCGCCUUGCGUGCCAGUCUAUCCACAUUACUCUCCUGUGCCGCUGCAGCUCGAGGUCUGCCUAAAUCCGACCCUCCUCCCUCACAGGCCAGUCCUUCCCGGGGCCAUCCCUCUUCCUUCCGCUUAGUACCGGAAUCAGUAGCGAUGGGAGGAGAAGUCGGCGAGGAAGCUGUAGGGACGGAAGCGACUGUCCCCACUCGAACCCCGCGGCAGGGCCCCACUCCGCAGCCGGCCUCAUACUCACCUCGCGAUGCCCAGUCGGCCACUCGAGCCAAGCGGCGAUCCAGUCCAUCCAAAGAACGUAGUCACUCCUCUGCAAAGAAGAGUCGUCGAGCCAGCAUAGCAGAUGCCUCGACUGCUAGUCCCACCGUCAUGACCUGGGUGAUUAGCGCGGGUGUCGUCGUCCUGUUUUCAGCCAUCAGCUUCUCCGCUGGCUACGUGCUGGGUCGCGAAGUCGGUCGCCUGGAGGCCAGCACUGGAAUGACCGUGGCAGGCGAUACUGGCGUUCCCGGCAGAGCAGCGGCAGGCUGUGGCCAAGAAGCAGUCCGAGGUGGUCUUAAACGCAUCCGUUGGGGAUCGGGAACCUCAGGGUCGGGCAUCAUUGCGUGA